AUGUCAACCCUCCUUGAUUUCUUUCCUAAACAAUUAAUACAAACAUACAAUCAAGGCGUAAGAGAAACGUUUCAAGUCGAACAGAACAUAAAAGUCAAAGAAACAAGUUUCGAAAAUCUUCAUUGUGAUGAUAAUUCAGGUGGAGCCAUUUAUAGUGCUGUGAGGAUCUCAAUAACACUCAGCAGAUUUGUUACCUGCUCUAGUAAAUACUCUGGAGGAGCAAUUUUUGUAGAUGAAAAAGAUUCAGAGUUUUCAUGUUCAAAAUGCUCAGCAAUUCAAUGCCAUACAUUUGAUGCUGUACGUGGAGGAAUGAAUCAGAAAGGCCAAUUCUUUGUCUCAAAAGUUACAAACAACGAACGUAUAAACGCAGCUAAAGAAUUAAGUAUCUCACAAUGUUAUAAAUCUUAUUCUGAUUCAUGCCAAAGACCCAUGGUUUUUUACAAUGGAAAUAUUUUCAUUCAAAAUGUCAACCUCUCGGACUGUAAAAAUGGAUGGUGUUCAGCAUUUGAACUAACAGGGGGAGAACAAAUAGAAAUCGAAGAAUCAAACUUAAAGUAUAUACAGGUCUUAAAUUGCCAAUCUAAAGAAAUUAUAUGCGAAUUUAACAAUAUUUUGGGAUCAAUAAACUAUUUAACCAUAGUUAAUUGUGAAACUACACUUCGUCAACAUGAAACCCAGUUUAGAUAUAUUUCCCUUUCAAAUUCAAACCUUCAAUUCAAUCAUAUAGUUAUUGAUCUUUGUCAGACAUCAUAUUUGCCUUAUCAAUUAUUUUAUUGUAAUAAUCAAGAUGAAGACGGAUAUCGAAUCAAAGACUAUCUUAUUCAGGAUCAAUUUCAAUUCAAUGAUAAUAAAAAUGAGCGCCUACUUAUGAGAGAAGGACAAGUCUCCACAUCAAGUGACACAUCUUCAGAAACGUCAAGUGAUACUUCAUCGGAAACAUCAAGCUCAUCAUCAACAACUUCGAGCAAUACUUCAUCAGAAACAACAAGUUCAUCAUCAAUAACGUCAAGUGAAACCUCAUCAGAAACAACAAGCUCAUCAUCAACAACAUCGAGCGAUAUUUCAUCAGAAACAACAAGUUCAUCGUCAACAACAUCAAGUGAGACCUCAUCAGAAACAACAAGUUCAUCGUCAACAACAUCAAGUGAGACAUCAUCAGAAACAUCUGGUGUUACUUCAUCGGAAACAACAUCAAGUGAGACCUCAUCGGAAACAACAAGUUCAUCGUCAACAACAUCAAGUGAUUCUUCGUCAGAAACAACAAGUUCAUCAUCAUCUACUGAAACCGAAGUUCAACCACCUAAACCUGGCCCAGGUCCGUAUCCAGAUCAAAAUAUCUCAUCCGAAACAGGUAUCCAACCCCCAGAUGUUGAACCAACAGAGAAACCAUCAGCAACUCCAUUUGAUCCAGAAGCCCAAAAGGGCUUAAAAGGUCCUGCAUUAUAUGGUACAAUUGGAGGAGUCCUCGGAGCUAUAAUUAUCAUCAUAAUUGUCAUUGCUGUAAUAUUAUUAAUCAAAAAUAGUGGUGGUCCAAAGAAUGAUGUUACAUCAAGUGGAAGUUUAGCUAUCUACGAAGAUGUCAAUUUUAAUGAUAACCAACAAUUUGAUGAAAUCAAUGUAAAUGCAAACGAACAUUUUGAAGGAAAUGAAAUCACAUUUAAAUAA